GGUGUUUUAAUGUAAAGUGUCAAUCAAGUUGACUCAUUUUCGUUUUUCCAAAAUGACAGAACAUGGAAACACGUGAAGAUCCUCUACCUCCAAACACCACUCCUAGUCCUUCUAGUGAAUCAAUAACCCGGCCAUCAUGUCUCCCUCAACGGUAUUUAGUUCUUCUUAUGAUACUACUUAUGACAAUAAACCUCUACGCCAAUCGUGCUAUUACCGGCGAAACCAUUGAUUUCUUUGCGGAUGUAAAACACACAAUCAAAAUCACAACCACGAAUCAAUGUUCGGAGCAGCACCAAAUCCAUGACGAGACAAAAAACUUUACAAAAAUCUUUCAAAUAGAAAAAAUAACACACGAAGAAAUCCAAGCCCUAUUUUUCAUCACCUACAUGAUUACCCACGUUCCGGGAGGAAUUUACUCCGACACUCGCGGCCCCAAACACUUACUUUCAUUUUUAACGGCUACAUGCUCUCUUAUCAAUUUUAUAAUGCCUUCGCUGCUGAAAGCGACCAAAGGCAAUCACAAUGUAAUGAGAGUUGUGGCUCUAGUUAUGGGUGCAGCCCAGGGUAUUUUCUUUCCCGCGACGUCGAAUAUGAUAGCCCAUUGGGCUCCCGUGCGAGAGCGAGCCUCUCUAAUGUCCAUAGCAGUCGCAGGACUGUUUUUGGGGAUUACUGUCACCAAAAGUGGCACAAGGCUUAUUGUGAAAUCGUCUGGUGAUUGGACAACGCCGUUUUAUGUUUUUGGGGGCGUUGGUGUUUUUUUAACUUUGAUUUGGGAGGUGUAUGUGUUCUCAGACCCACACCAAGAUCCGAGAAUUACGCCAGAGGAGAAGGAGUACUUGGAUUUGGAGAUGCGCGGCACCGUUGACCACAGACGCAAGAGCAUCCCCUACGUCGCAAUCCUCACUUCCCCCCAAGUCUGGAUUAUGGUAUUUGCGCAUAUGGCCAAUCGUUGGCUCUGGAAUUUCAUUGCUUUGAAGAUUCCGGUUUACAUAAAAGACGUUCUCAAGUACAGUGAUUACCAAGCUAACGAAAUUUCCUCACUUCCGUAUCUUCUCAUGACGGUGACCUUGGUUAGUGUGGGUUUUCUCUCCGACUGGAUCACUCGAAACGGUUACAUAAAUAUCUUAACAAUGCGAAAGUAUUUCACUAGUCUUGGCAUGAUGGGGCCGCCAAUCUACAUUCUAACUGGUUCAUACGCGAAUUGCAAUGGAAUUGGUGCGAUAACCAUGUUUGUUUGUGGAAUGUCUUUCAUGGCAUUUUCUUUCCUGGGCCUGUAUUUAUUACCAAUGGAUUUAGCACCCAACUAUGCCGGAUUUCUAACGACUUUUACUAAUGGAUUUGGAAACAUUUCCGGGUUUUUUCUCAAGAGGAUUACAGCAGCGGUGGCCCCUGACAAAACUAUUCUUCAGUACAGAAAGUUGUUCUGGAUAACAUUACUAAUAGCUACAGUCGCAAAUACGAUGUUUGUGAUUUUUGGUAGUAGCAGACUCCAGCCAUGGAACAGACCGUUAAUAAAAAGAAAAUAAAUUUUUCUACAAAAU